AUGGCUACAGCUGAGACCGCCUUGCCCUCCAUCAGCACACUCACCACCCUGGGUCCCUUCCCAGACGCACAGGAGGACUUCCUCAAGUGGUGGCACUCUGAAGAGGAGCAGGACAUGGGCCCGGGUCCCCCUGGCCCCAUGGGGCAGCCACUCCACGUGAAGCUGGAGGACCCACCCAGGGAGGACGAAGAUCACAGGGACGCUGAUGCCACCUGGGACCUGGAUCUCCUCCUCACCAACUUCCCGGGCCCGGAGCCAGGCAGUGUGCCCCGAACCUGUGCUCUGGCGCCCAGCGAGGGUCCAGGGGCUCAAUACCUGCCGCCUCCGCCGCCGCCUGAGACUCUGGCCGCGUAUGCGGGCGGCCCGGAGCCGGUGAUUGGGCUUCUGGAUCACGAGGAGCAGUCAGGCUGGACACGUCCAGCCCUACGAGCCCCGGCUCCGGACGCCUUUGUGAGCCCAGCCCUGGCCCUGGCCCCCGAGCCCAAGACACAGCCGGUAUACCCUGGGAUGGGCGCCAGCUCCUCUGGCAGCUACUUCCCGAGGACCGGGUUUUCAGUGCCCACAGCUCCAGGCGCCCCCUACGGGCUGCUGUCUGGGUACCCCACGCUAUAUCCGGUGCCGCAGUACCAAGGGCACUUCCAGCUCUUCCGCGGGCUCCCAGCACCCGCGCCCGGCCCUGCCGCGCGCCCCUCGUUCCUGAAUUGUCUGGGACCCGGGACGGUGGGCACCGGACUUGGAGGGAGCGCAGGAGACCUAGGAUCAAUCACCGAAGCUGCACCGUCCAAGCGCAGCCGGCGCUCCUGGGCGCGCAAGAGGCAGGCGGCACACACGUGCACGCACCCGGGCUGUGGCAAGAGUUACACUAAAAGUUCGCACUUGAAGGCGCAUCUGCGCACGCACACAGGGGAGAAGCCAUACGCCUGCACGUGGGAUGGCUGCGGCUGGAGGUUUGCACGCUCGGAUGAGCUGACCCGCCACUAUCGGAAGCACACAGGACAGCGCCCUUUUCGCUGCCAGCUCUGCUCCCGCGCCUUUUCUCGCUCGGACCACCUGGCCUUACACAUGAAGCGCCACCUUUGAGCCCUGCCCCAGCUCAUGGACCUUCCUGGGGACUGGGGAUAGAAGAACAAGAGUGGAUCCACACAGGGUGGUUUUCCCAAAGACGGACCCUUGUCGGACUCGCGGUCCCACAGGUCCACUGAAAGAUCAUCUGAGUGAGUUUCCAACGGAAGUUCCAAGUUCAGAGUCACACAGAAACGUCAAACGGUCACGCAUACCCAGCGAGACAGACCAAAUAAAUGGGCUUAGAUGGACACUCAGACCAGCUCAAAGGAGUCUCUGAACAGCAGGAGGAGGUGUGGGGUGAAGCGUCUCAGAGACCCUGGGUCUGCAAGGGGGCUUCACACUGUAACUCUUCCUGAAGCCCUACAUGGUGGC